UAAAAACCCCUGCGUUUUUCUUCACUUUUUCUUUUCCCCGACGCCUCCCAAAUAUUCAGACAACACAGAGCAGCGGGAGAGACAGAGACCCAGAAAUGGUGACAUACAAAUUCCAUCAGUACCAGGUUGUAGGUAGAGCUCUGCCGACAGAAAACGAUGAGCACCCUAAGAUUUACCGUAUGAAGCUCUGGGCUACCAAUGAGGUCCGUGCCAAGUCCAAGUUCUGGUACUACUUGAGGAAGCUAAAGAAGGUGAAGAAGAGCAACGGUCAGAUGCUAGCUAUUAAUGAGAUUUUUGAGAAGAACCCAACAAAAAUCAAGAACUAUGGUAUUUGGCUGCGUUACCAAAGCAGAACUGGAUAUCACAACAUGUACAAGGAGUACCGUGACACCACAUUGAAUGGUGGCGUGGAACAGAUGUACACUGAGAUGGCUUCUCGCCACAGGGUCCGCCAUCACUGCAUCCAGAUCAUCAAGACUGCCACUAUUCCAGCUAAGCUUUGCAAGCGGGAGAGCACAAAGCAGUUCCAUGACUCCAAAAUCAAGUUCCCGUUGGUGUUCAAGAAAGUCAGGCCACCUUCAAGGAAACUCAAGACGACCUAUAAGGCUACCAGGCCUAACUUGUUUAUGUAAAACAUCUUUGUUCAUUACUUGGAUUGAGUGGCAAUUUCAAAUUACUGCAAUUUUGGUGCUCUGGACUAGUGGAUUCCACAUUCACUUGGACAGGGGAGGAGAAAUUACUUUUGUUGUGAUCAAAUGACUAUCAGAUAUCAGACUUCUAUAUUCUGUUUCGAGUUUGGUAUUUUGUUUGCUUGGACUGUUGGAAUCCUAGCUAUACAUCCCAAUGUCUUUUAUGUUG